AAGCUACUCAUAACUGAGCCUGUAGCCUGUGAGGGACGCGCGGCAGCCACCAUGUCUACUGACACCCGACCACCGUUCAAAGAGACCGAAGCAAGUCGCCCCUCGUUCGACGCCUCCCUCUCCUCGUCCUUUUCAAAGUCGCAAGCACCUGACGUGGAUUGGAAGCCAGGGCAAGGCACUAAUGAUACCCACGAAGCUCCGUCCAAAUAUCACUACAAGAUCAUCGUGCCUGGUAAGACGGAGAUUGGGCCUAUGGACAUGUACAAAUUGAUGCUCGGUGGAAUCUCUCCCCGCCCAGUUGCACUUGUUACAACUAAGAGCAAGGAGGGCCAGCUGAAUUUAUGCCCAGUUUCGUGGUAUCAAAUGCUUUCGCACAAUCCGCCACUGGUUAUGCUCUCCUUCGGCGGUGACCAAGGCCGACGGAAAGACUCGGAGGUAAACAUAGAAGCUACCGGAGAAUUCACCAUCUCUUCCGCAUCCGAGCCGUACGCAGAAGCACUCAACUACUCCUCCAUCGAUGCGCCGCACGGUACAUCUGAAUAUGCGCUGACAGGACUAACACCGGUCGCAUCGCGCCUUGUCUCCCCGCCCCGCGUGAAAGAAGCCCCGUUCAGUAUGGAGUGUAAACUGGACUUUCGGCGCGAGUACUACGCAGACGGGAGCGGCGUGUCGAGCCUGACGCACGAAGCUGCAAACGGACAAGGCAAAGGCGGGUUGACGACUGUGAUAGUUGUGGCGCGCGUCGUAGUGUUGCACGUGCGCGAGGACUGUUUGAAUGAGGAUGGUUCUGUUAACAUGGCACAAAUGCUACCGCUAACGCGUGUAUCAGGCAUGCUAUACACUCGUACUACACAUGGUUUCGAGCUUGUUCGACCAAAAUGGGAUGAAGUCAAGGACACUCCCGAGGUGCAAGCUGCACUGAAGCGGGAGGUGACCGUGGUUCCCCCCGACUUCGAGGAUCCUAUUUUAUUGUCGUAUCCGUAGUUCUGCUCAGCGCACUCGACACC